GGAGUACACUCCCCCGGGCGAGGUAUGCAUUCCCCAAUACAGUCCCGAGCCGAGCGUCCCGCGGCGCCUCAAUGUCCGGUCGCUGCCGCGCGAGCAGGAGAAGGUGGUGAAGGAUAUGCGCCAAGCGAUCCAGGCGCUAAAAGAUGACGGCCUGACGGCGGUCGACAUGUACAACUGUUGGCUUGGCCGGCGGCUGAUCCCCCUGCGGUGCCGAGCUCACCCCAUGUGGGAGUACCGGGGACAGAACGACCGCACCCGGUCGACGGCGACCGAGUGGGACGAGGGCGAGUACCGGAAGGCGCUCGCUAAGAUCACCACUGCCACCUUUACUUCCUUCGAGGACGGCUUGCAGCCCUACACCGAAGACACCCCAGCGCCUCAGCGUUGGCAGAAGAUCGCGGACCACCUCCCUCCUCUCGCCGGAAAGGAACCACCGGAGAUGACCGAAGGCGAGGAGGAAGAGGUCGACGAGGAGGAGGAGCGCACCGAGUCGGACUCGGAGGCGCGGGACUUCAUCAGACUCCCGCGCGGGUCGAAGAGGGGUGCCGAGUCCUCGUCCCAGGGCGCGGCUGAAGAGGAGGCGACCUCCCGUCCGGAGGACAAGGCGGAGCCCUCCAAGGAAGGGGCCGAGCCGCUAUCGAAGCGACUGCGCCCCACUCUCCUGGAAGGGUCCAUGAGGCUUCAGUGUCCCUUGAAGGACGCGAUCGAUGCGGGAGCUCGGGCCGGUCCGGGCGUAAAAGCGAUUCCCACGGUGAAGUAAGUAUUUCUUGUCGAAUUUAUCCUUCCUGCGACUGGACUGAGUGUCGACUCAC